GAGAGUAGCAAUAUCAAUCGGAGGCUGGUCUCUCUGAAAUCAACCCAGGUCUCCAAUCCACCGGUUGCUGAUUAAAGAGGCCAAGAGGAAGUAAGCACAAUAUUAUUGAGUGAGAGGAGAGAGAGAGAGAGAGAGAGAGAGAGAGAGAGAUGGGUCUUCUCUCGAACAAGAUAGAGAGAUCAGAGAUCAAGUCAGGAGACCACAUCUACACUUGGAGGGCGGCCUACACUUACUCUCAUCAUGGGAUCUAUGUCGGAGGUGAGAAGGUAGUUCACUUCACACGCAAAAAAGAAACAUCAUCAUCAGGACUGAACUCAUCCAGUUCCUCCACUCCAAGCUCCAACCUCUCUUCAUCCUGCCUCACUUUUCCUGAUUGUGGAUUCCAGCAACCAAACAGCGGUGUCAUCCUCUCUUGUUUAGAUUGCUUUCUUGGCACCGGCUCCCUCUACAAUUUCGAGUACGGAGUCACCCCCUCUCAUUUUCUUGCCAAAGUCCGAGGUGGCACGUGCACCAUUGCGGAGGCAGACCCACCAGAAUCCGUCAUCCACAGAGCAAUGUACCUUCUCCGCAAUGGAUUUGGGAAUUAUGAUCUCUUCGAGAAUAACUGUGAGGAUUUCGCUAUUUAUUGCAAGACGGGGCUUUUGCCUGUUGAUGAUCAAGGAGUUGGGAGGAGUGGACAGGCUUCAUCAUUCAUUGGAAUGCCAUUGGCAGCUAUGUUAUCGACUCCGUUCAAGCUUUUGGCGGCAGGACCUGUUGGGAUGGCGACGGUGACAGCUGGCAUGUAUUGUGCUGGGAGGUAUAUUACUGACAUUGGAGUUAGGAAGGAUGUUGUUAAGGUUAAGGUUGAGGAGUUGGGUAUGAAUCUUGGGUGGAAGCACAACUCUGAAAAAGUCGAGGUCAGGAAUGAUGAUGAUCAUAAUGGUGAGGUUGUGACUCUUAUAGAUAUUGAAAAAGAGGUGAGGAAUGAUGAUGAUCCUAAUGGCGAGGUUGCGACUCUUAUAGAUAUUGAAGAAGAAGAAAAACCAAGAUGACAUGCAUGGUGUGUGCGAGAGGGAGGAAUUUAUUCAGUGGCAAUAAAAUAAGCGAGGCUAAUGUGUGUUGGUGUUGAGUGUUGACCAGUUUGUGAUUAUGUUAAACAAUUUAUGUGGUGUUUGGAAACUAAUAGAUGAAUUGAGUAAAUUGUGAUUAAAGAAGGUUUUUUCAUAUCAUUUGAGUGGUGGAUUUU